UCUGUGUGAAGAAGCCUCGGCCGCCGAUGGGGGAGGUGGAGCCGGGGCCCGCGGGGCCGCUGGAGCCCCCGGAGCCACCCGAAGCGUCGGCGAGUCGCCGGCCCGGAGGGAUCCGGGUCUUGAAGAGAAAUAUGAAACGCAAUGGGAGCAAAAAUUGUUUGAAUAGAAGAAGUAGGUUUGGUUCUCGAGAAAGAGACUGGCUGAGAGAAGAUGUGAAGAGAGGCUGUGUUUACCUUUAUGGAGCAGACACGACCACUGCCACUACAACCACCACCUCCUCCUCCUCUACUUCCUCCUCUGACUUACAUCUUGUCCUUUGCACAGUAGAGACACCAGCAUCAGAAAUCUGUGCUGGAGAGGGAAGAGAGAGUCUCUAUUUACAGCUUCAUGGAGACCUGGUCAGGAGACUGGAACCUACUGAGCGACCUCUUCAGAUUGUUUAUGAUUACUUAUCCAGACUGGGAUUUGAUGAUCCUGUGCGCAUCCAGGAGGAGGCUACAAAUCCAGACCUCAGCUGUAUGAUUCGAUUUUAUGGUGAAAAACCAUGCCAGAUGGAUCAUCUGGAUCGAAUCCUACUGUCUGGCAUCUAUAAUGUACGCAAGGGAAAGACCCAGCUGCAUAAGUGGGCCGAACGUCUUGUUGUUCUUUGUGGUACCUGCCUUAUUGUUUCCUCAGUAAAGGAUUGUCAAACUGGAAAGAUGCACAUUUUGCCUCUGGUUGGGGGAAAGGUAGAAGAAGUGAAGCGCCGACAACAUUCCCUUGUGUUCAGCUCAGCAGGAGCCCAAGCUCAGACCUACCAUGUCAGCUUUGAGACUUUGGCUGAAUACCAGAGAUGGCAACGGCAAGCAUCUAAGGUGGUGUCCCAGCGAAUCAGUACUGUGGAUCUGUCAUGUUACAGUCUUGAGGAGGUUCCUGAACAUCUCUUCUACAGUCAAGAUAUCACCUACCUCAACUUGAGACACAACUUCAUGCAAUUAGAAAGACCAGGGGGUCUCGAUACACUCUACAAAUUUUCUCAGCUAAAGGGCCUGAACUUAUCCCAUAAUAAACUUGGAUUGUUUCCUGUAUUGCUAUGUGAAAUUUCUACUCUGACUGAGCUCAACCUUUCUUGUAAUGGAUUUCAUGACCUGCCAAAUGAGAUUGGCAGUCUGUUAAAUCUUCAAACUCUCUGUCUUGAUGGCAACUUCCUGACUGCUUUACCUGAAGAAUUGGGAAAUCUGCAACAGCUUUCCUCCCUGGGAAUUUCCUUCAAUAAUUUUAGUGAAAUUCCUGCAGUUUAUGAGAAACUGACAAUGGUAGAUAAAGUGGUUAUGGCAGGAAAUCACCUGGAAGUCCUGAGCUUGGGGGUGCUGACCAGGAUGAGCCAUAUCAAGCAUGUGGACUUAAGGAUGAACCACUUGAAAACCAUGGUUAUUGAAAAUCUGGAGGGAAACAAACAUAUCACUCACAUGGAUUUGAGGGAUAAUCAGCUGGUUGACUUGGACCUCAGUUCUUUAUGUAGCUUGGAGCAGCUGCAUUGUGAGCGGAACCAGUUGAGGGAGCUGACACUCAGCGGCUUCGCCCUUCGAACUGUUUACGCCAAUUCAAACAAGCUGACAGCAGUGAAUGUCUACCCAGUGCCCAAUCUACUCAAUUCCCUGGAACUGUCCCGAAACCUGCUAGAGUGUGUCCCUGACUGGGCCUGUGAAGCAAAGAAGCUAGAAGUACUAGAUAUGAGCUAUAAUCUUCUCACAGAGGUUCCUGUGAGAAUUCUGAGUAGCUUGAGUCUUAGAAAACUGAUGGUGGGACACAACCACAUCCACAUCCUUCCAGCGUUAGUGGAGCACAUUCCCUUGGAGGCACUGGAUGUCCAACAUAAUGCUCUCUCCAGGCUGCCAGACACCCUCUUCUCCAAGGCCUUAAAUCUCAGAUACUUGAAUGCAUCUGCAAACAGCCUAGAGUCUUUGCCUUCCACCUGCACUGGGGAGGAGAGUCUGAGUGUGCUGCAGCUGCUGUAUCUGACCAACAACCUCCUGACAGAUCAGUGCAUACCUGUCUUGAUUGGGCACCCACAUCUACGGAUCUUGCACCUUGCAAGCAACCAGCUACAGACCUUUCCUGCAAGCAAACUAAAUAAAUUGGAGCAGUUAGAAGAACUGAAUCUAAGUGGGAACAAGCUUAAAACCAUUCCCACAACCAUAGCAAACUGCAAAAGACUACAUACCCUUGUUGCACACUCCAACAAUAUCAGCAUUUUCCCGGAAAUACUGCAGCUGCCUCACAUCCAGUUUGUAGAUCUAAGUUGCAAUGACUUGACAGAAAUAUUAAUUCCAGAAGCCCUGCCUGCUACUUUACAAGACCUUGAUUUGACUGGAAAUACAAAUCUAGUUCUGGAACACAAAACACUGGAUAUGUUUAGCCAUAUUACAACCCUGAAAAUUGAUCAGAAACCUUUGCCAACCACAGAUUCUACCAUUACAUCCACCUUCUGGAGCCAUGGAUUGGCUGAGAUGGCAGGGCAGAGAAAUAAGCUAUGUGUGUCUGCCCUAGCUAUGGAUAACUUUGCAGAGGGGGUAGGAGCUGUGUAUGGCAUGUUUGAUGGGGACCGAAAUGAGGAGCUUCCUCGCCUUCUGCAGUGUACCAUGGCAGAUGUGCUUUUGGAAGAGGUGCAACAGUCAAUGAAUGACACGGUUUUCAUGGCCAACACCUUCUUGGUGUCUCACAGAAAAUUAGGAAUGGCCGGCCAGAAGCUGGGCUGUUCUGCUCUCCUGUGCUACAUCCGCCCUGACACUGCCGAUCCAACAAGUAGUUUUAGCUUGACUGUGGCCAAUGUUGGCACAUGCCAAGCAGUUCUGUGCCGAGGUGGGAAGCCAGUUCCUCUCUCUAAAGUCUUCAGCCUGGAACAGGACCAAGAGGAAGCUCAGAGAGUGAAGGACCAAAAAGCCAUCAUAACAGAGGACAACAAAGUGAAUGGGGUCACCUGUUGUACCAGGAUGCUGGGCUGUACAUACCUCUACCCUUGGAUUCUCCCCAAGCCCCACAUAUCUUCCACUUCACUUACCAUUCAAGAUGAAUUGCUGAUUCUGGGAAACAAAGCAUUGUGGGAACACUUGUCAUAUACAGAAGCUGUCAAUGCAGUGCGUCAUGUACAAGAUCCAUUAGCAGCUGCUAAGAAGCUGUGCACAUUAGCACAGAGCUAUGGUUGCCAGGACAAUGUAGGGGCAAUGGUGGUUUAUUUGAACAUUGGUGAGGAGGGUUGUACUUGUGAAAUGAAUGGUCUUACCCUCCCAGGCCCUGUGGGAUUUGUUUCAACUGCUACCAUCAAGGAUGCCCCCAAGCCGACCACUCCUUCCUCUAGCAGUGGGAUUGCCUCAGAGUUUAGCAGUGAGAUGUCUACCUCUGAGGUAAGCAGUGAAGUGGGCUCCACUGCUUCUGAUGAACAUAACACUGUGGGCCUGGAGGCUGGCUUGCUUCCAAGGCCAGACAGGCGCUGUAGCCUCCACCCAACACCCACUUCGGGGAUUUUCCAGCGCCAGCCUUCCUGUGCGACCUUCUCCAGCAAUCAGUCGGACAAUGGUCUGGAUAGUGAUGAUGAGCAGCCCGUGGAGGGGGUCAUGACCAACGGCAGCAAAGUAGAAGUAGAGGUAGACAUCCACUGCUGCCGAGGGAGAGACCUGGAGAGCUCCCUUGCACAUGCAGGGAAUUCUUCCACCCCAUGUCUUGAGGAACAUGUCAAAGGGUUGGUUUUGGGGAUUCGAAGACAGAACAGUGUGAAUAGUGGAAUACUUCUACCAGUUAGCAAGGACAAGAUGGAGUUACAGAAGUCUCCCUCCACUUCCUGUCUGUAUGGAAAGAAACUCUCCAAUGGCUCCAUUGUGCCCCUAGAGGACAGCCUGAACCUCAUUGAAGUGGCCACAGAAGCACCUAAGAGGAAAACUGGCUAUUUUGCAGCCCCCACUCAGCUGGAACCCGAGGAUCAGUUUGUUGUACCUCGUGACCUGGAAGAAGAAGUGAAGGAGCAAAUGAAACAGCACCAAGAGAGCAGGCCUGAGCCCGAGCCCAGCGAAGAGGAUCGGACUGAGCCCCCAGAGGAGUUUGACACAGCACUGUAAUUCAGCUUCAAGUGGGCACAGCAUGAGGGAGGGCUAUGUGGUAUUGGGGAAGGGACCUUCUGGGGCACUUUGCCCCAACGAUUCUAAACAUAGAUGUGUGGGGUAGCAUUUUGAGCCAAAAAAAAAAAAAAAAAAAGGUGAGUACUAUCAGGGUCUGGCUCUGGAUGAGCUAGUACUACCAUCAGUGUUAAGUUUUGCAUUGAACCUGCAUUGGAAUUCCCAGUUACUGGGAAGAAAGCAGGUGUUCUGUAUCAGUCCUGCCACCUGCCAUUAACCCUUUCUCUCCUAGGACCAUUUGAGAAUUUGCCUGCCUGGGCAGGAAAGGGACUAUGUCUGUGGAGGAAAUAACUGAAGGUUGAUUUCCUUUACUAAUUGCUGCUGAUGGAGCUCUGUGACAGAAAUCACCUCUCUCAGACUAACUAGUGGGGUGUGAUAUGACUAGUCACAUGGCUUUUCCUUCUUCUCUACGAGAAUACAGCCUAUCAAAAUGAUGUUUAUUGGAGAUAUAGAACCAAACAGGUAAUUUAUGUAUGUAAUGUAAUGAGAGCACUUUUCAUUGACUGUGAACUUUUUAAUUUUGAAUCUGCACUCGAGCCAAUCUUCUUAGAGGCAGCCCUACUCCUUCGUCCAUAUGUAGAGGUAAUUGGAUGUUGGCAUCUUCCCUAAGGGUACUUGGAAGGGCCCUGGUAAUUAAUAGAGCUGUUGGUGUUAGACUAUGAAAGCUACUGAGAAACUUGGGGUGUAGAUAGGGCAGAAGAAAUUUCUGGGGACAGAGGUGGGGAAGGAGUGAGAACUAACACUACAACUAAAUCAGAACAAAUUGGUCCCUGCUAGAAGUGGUGACCGCAGGAGAGCACAAAACUGAUACUUGGGGAUUGGCCUCUUUCCCUAACAUGUGGUAGAGAUGGUAGUCAGCCUCUUGACAGGGCCAAGGCUGGCACUCUUGGUGUUUUCAGUCACCUUGAAUUACAGCAGAUGACUACAGCAGAUGGAGGCUGGCUGGAAAAAGAUACGUGAUCAGAGCUCACAGGUUAGACUUGCUCCUUUUUUUCUGAGCAGAGAAUGAGUUUUCUAGAAUUUUUGAAGGGAAUUGAACACUCACUCUGUAAUGUAUGACAGCAUACCUUUCUGAACACUGCGCGUUCACCUCAUAUGGUUUCAGAGUACUUGGCUCCAGACCAGAAAGAGAAAAACUAAGAAAUCCCUAAGCUUACAGAAAACCUGUAUUUUUUUUUUUUUUUUGCGCAUUCCACAUACUCUAGCAAAUUUAAAUGCCUUCCUUAUCUCUGUUGCUUUUUCUAGUAGAAGAUUUACUUAGGAAAAUUAAUCUCUGUAUAUUCAUACAGAUUUUUACCAUUGCUUGAUUUUACUCAAUGGGGAAUGUGUAUUUAUUAGAACAUUUUAUAGCUAAAAAGAAAAUGUUGGAACAAUUUUGCAUUUGCUUUGUCUGACAAAAAUAGUUAAAUAUAAAGUUGAAAGCUUAUAUUUAUUCCUUUAUGCUUUGAGAGGAAGUUUUUGUCCAAAGCAAUAUUUAAAAACCAGAUGACCUGUCUACAAGCUGUCCCUUCAUCUUCUCAGAGGCCCUAUGCCCAUGUGCACUUGUCAGUGGGGUACGAGUUUAGGGGUUCUGUAUCAUUCCAAUGGCUGCGAACUUAAGUCCUCAAAUUAUUAGGAACACUUGACUUCUUUUGGCUACUGAAAAAUGAUAGAACUCAGGUCUUUGAUUUGACAUGGAGAACAUAGUGGAUCAUACAAAGUUUAGGUGCUGUUAGAAAGAUGGUAAAUAGUGUGUCACCACCUUAUUUUUAUAUGAGAAAAUUUUGAAAAAUGAAGACGAAGGCAAACACAAGAUGAUACUGAUGGGUGAUGUAAAACAUCUUCCUACUCAGCAGAAUCUUAAGAGUUAUAGAAUAGUGAUAUUGUCUACAAAUCAAAGUUAUUUUGGAGAAAUACCACUUUAAUAGUAUAGUCUUAGAAAAACUGUCCUGUAUCUGUGAACCUUUUUCUUGUCUUCUAUUUGUGUCCCACCCUACUUAUUAGAGCACCUCCAAACCCAGUUCUGAAAUGACCUUGCCAAAAGCAAAUACAUUUACUGUUUGGUUAACAGAAAUGAAAUUCCAAAUGUACUUUUGUACGUUAAAAGUUAUUUUCAUGAAUCAUUAGGUUGUGUUGAGAACCUCUAUAUAGGCUAAACCAAACUGAUUAUUAUUUUUACAAUUGUUUUUCAUGUCCUUCUGUAUUAAUGCAGAGGAUACAUAGACCAUAAUCCAUCUCCCAAAAUUAUAAAUACCUCUUCUGAUUAUGAGGUAGCUUGCAGAUGUUUUGUUAUCUGAGUAGGUUGUCAGUAAAGCCUGAUUAUCUGUCUCCAGGUGAAUGUGAUCCUUCCUCUUCCCCUACCUUUAACAAGGGGGUGUGUUCACCAGUUGGGCAGAGUACAGAUGACCCCUAACUGAGAGAUUCUGUUCUGUCUCCUUCUUGGGUCUCUGCCUGUACCUCCCAUUUCAUAGAGAUUGCCUGAGGUUAGGUGGGAUGGUUUAGUGGCACACACCUAUAAAUCCCUGCACUUGGGAAGAUCUGGAAUUCAAGGUUAUCCUCAGCUGUAUAGUGAGUUCAAGGCAAGUUUGGCCUAUAUAAGACCCUAUCUCAAAAGAAAAAAGAAAAAGAGAAAGAGAAAGACUUUCCAAAUACUCCUGGUUAUGGGUGCAGUGCAAGAAUCCCACAGGGAAAGGAAAAAAUGUGGCUUGCCAGACAAGGUAUUCUUAUUUUAUCCAAAUGGAUUGAAUAUAUAUCUGAACAAUUGAAUGUUGAUAAGACAUAAAGUUAAAAUGCUACUAUAGAAUCAGUUCAUUAAAUAAACCACUCCUGAGACAAGUGAGGGCUUGAUUAUGCUACUGUAGAGUAUAUGUGUGCAAUAGGGCAGUGAACUCAUUUUCCUGGUAUACAGAAGCACUGAAGGAAGCAGUUUGGUAAUCACUGGGUGCUAUUACAGUUGUUUGUAGUGAGUGCUAUUUUGCAGGAGAUGGAGCCAGUUAGUUUUGGCUGAUCUACUGACCCAAACAAUGCCCUUCUUUCCGUGUAGACCUUCAGCAAAAGUAGGUACUUGGAAGCCACAGGCUCACCUUCUCUAUCUAUUCAAUAAUUAUUAGUGAAGAGACCUCCAUAAGGGAGCAUUUGGCUGUUACCAAUAAAUGUACCAGUUACUGAAGAAUCAGUCUCCAAGCCAUUUGGUGAUGUCUGCAGCAUCACUGUAGAACUUUCUUAUGUCACUUUUCACUUUCCUUUGGGAAGCCUUUAAGGCACCCCAAUCAUAGAGGCAAGUUAAUCUUUUUCUCCAGUUAGUGACUUUGCCCCAUGGUUGGGUAAUUAAUUCCUAGACUGAGAAAACCAGCUACAGUCAAACCUGCUCUGUUCCCUCAUUUGGUGAUCAGCCAAUCAGCAUAAGCUCCUUGUAUUCUAAAUCCACACACCUCUCCCAGAUGCUAUAGAGUUUUCUCUCACUGUUGCCAACGGACACCAUCCAAACAGUGGGCUCAUAUCUUAUGGUUUUGUGCAAUCAUUGUCGUAUUGUAGUCCUAAGACUCAUUAUAGUGUAUUUUUGAUAUUUUUGAAAUGUGUUAAAUUUUUUAAUUCAAUAAUAUGAGCCAGAGCAUGUUGCAGCAAAUCUAUUGUUUGUAAAAAAAAAAAACCAAUAACAACAAUAAAUAAUAAAACGGAAUAUCUUUUUCAUGCCUUUGUUUUAAAAUGGAAUGCUUGUUAUUUUAUAGCUGCUUUAUUUUAGCAUGGUGCUAUACUUUCCAGUAACAUGCAGAAUUAGGUUCUUUACUAAAAAUAUGUUUAGGGCUUUCUGCUUUUUUGACUUUAGGGGGCAAAAACAAUAAAAAACACAUAAUACAUUUUAUGACAAUAUGAAGUUGUGAGCUAAAGCAAAAAUAAAUAAUUUUGAUCACUUU